AUGGGUGCAGAUGCCUGGGUAAUGGUUGGCUGGGGCCAUGAUGCUCCUGCUGCCGCGGGGGGGAGUCUGCACGGUCCAUUGUUCGGCUGUACUGCCCCUUGCCGUGUGCCCGAACAGCACCAAGAAGCAGCAGUGGCUGCUGCUGCUGCACUUCUGCAAAGAGUGUCUGUGCAUCCCGUGCAGCUACUGCUGCGUUCAAACCGCCCCACAAGGGAGGGCGCAAGGCCUCUUCAGGGGUUGCUGCUGCCUGCUGCAGAAGCCAGGCAGUGGCGUCAAGAGCAGCAACAGCAAGAAGAGCAGUGGCACUUGGUGCCUGAAGAGGGUCGCGCCUCUUCCCUAGUGGCAUCAAACGAGCUGAUUCUGCUCUUAGACAGCUCGGCAGCAGUCCCCUCAGCGACGACCACUGCCCCUGCUUCUGCGGUAGAUGCUGCUGCUGCAUCCGUGGAAGCAAUUGCUGCAGAACUGGCUGGCCCUGUUGCGCUGCUGCUGCAUUCCCACGCCUCGCAUGCUGCACGUCUCAGCAGCAGUAGUGGCACGCAGUGCUGCUGCUGCUGCAUGACGCUGCUGGCGGAAAACUGGUUGCCCCUCUUGAUCGGCAGCAGCCUGCAGCAGCAGCUCCUCCUGCUGCGAGCGCAGGGCAUCCAUGCAGCAGCGGCCAAUUUGAUGCAACAGCCAGCACAGCAACAGCUGCAGCAGCAGCAGCAGCACCAUACCAGCAGCCCCCCCACUAGCAGCAGCACUUUGCUUUUCAGCAGCAGCAGCGCAGCGGCAGCCGCAAGAGAAGUCAAACUUUCUCUCCAGGAAGCAGCUGACGUAGAUCGCUAUUUCGCUUCUUUGGAGCUCAUGGAAAUAGACGGCUCUGCAGGCACUCCUCCAAAGCCUGCGCCGCGACUCCCCUACGUGAUGAUUCACCAACAGCAAGUGCAGAGCGGCAACAGCAGCAACAGCGGACUAACUGUCCGGCCAGACAGCAAUAGAGGUAGCCAGAGCUGCAGUAGAGCAGACGACAAAACCAGUUGCGCGCCAUCAGGAAAAGCUUUUGCUCUGCCAAGUUGGCUCAGAAAUCUCCCGGAUUUCGUUGAUCGGCGCAUGCAGUCUGGCAGGCUUGGAGAGUUGCUGACCUUUACCAAAGUUCUUCCACAAGAAGUCUGCAGACACUUCGGGUUCGAGAUUUCCCGCAUCGUUGAGGUCAGUUUUUUGAUUCGGUUGCUGCUGCUGUGCUUUUUGUCACAGGAAAGCGACUGCCUGUGGUCUGUAGAUCGCGGCCAAAAGAGUCUCUCAGCAGCCGAAUCAGCAAGUGAACAAGUAGUCGUUGAAAAGGUUAUUUGCUUUUGGCUGAAUGGAGCUCAAGAGAGCGGCCUUCCUUUUGAUCUGGUGCUGCGACUUCGCCACACAAACGGGAGUGAGGAGGUCCUUUAUAUCGAGGUCAAGACCUCCCUCCUUAACAACUGGGAGUUUUGCCUAUCCUUCCCGCAACUGCAGUUUGCGGCCUCACACCCGAAGAACUAUGUAAUUUUGGUAAUCUCAUCACUUCGGUCGGGAGCUCCUCGUUGGGCGGCUAUACCAGACGUUUCUUCUUCCAUCGGGCUGUCCCGUUUAUGCUCUCCUGAGGGGAGCAACACAGGGGGAGCCCCCGAGGCAGCUGAUGGGGAAGUUGGAGGUGUAGAAGUAAUGUAA